CCUUUGAUAGUAAGAGGCGGCUCUUGCAGUUGCUCCCCCCCCCCCUCGGACUCGGGAAAUCUUCAUUCAAGGAGUUUUGUCAAUGGGAAGAGAGUCCUGCUGAUCUCUCCCGUCGCGGGCUGCGCUGACGUCACUAACGAGGCGAUAAAUAUCUGUUGAUAUAAUUGGAUGUGAGAUUCUGGGCCGCGAUAGCAGGACGCUGCCCAUUGCUGCUCCCCAACGGCCCCCAUGAUUUAUUCAGCAGUGGAUCGGGGCACGCAAGCGAGCUGUCAAGGAAGCGUCAGCUUAUUAGGCAAGGGCUGCGUGAUUCCAGAAGAGGGUCUAACCUAUAAAAAUCACGCGCCGGGACUCUGACUGGGGAGCCUUCUGAUCACCCGGGCGGCAGGAGAGGCUCCGGGAGACGCGCGUCCGGACAGGAAGGGGGAGCCCGGUCCGCCAGCACUGACUUCACCCCUCCGACUUGACCGCGCCCGCAUUUCUAAGACCUGGCCGCUGAAAGAUGAAGAUCCAGCUGCUGGUCUCGACGGGGAUCCUGCUGGUCGCUCUCUCGCCUUGCCAUGAGUGCCGAGCCCUCAGCAAGGGCGCCCCGGCCGCCGACCCCGCUCCGCAGCAGCAGCCCGACCUUCUCCAGGCGCGGCCCCCGUCGCUGCCCGUGUUGCUGCGCAUGGGGGAAGAGUAUUUCCUGCGCUUGGGCAACCUGCGCAAGACCCCCGCCGCCGCCGCCGCCUCCUCCUCCUCCUCGCCCCUCGGCUCGGCUUCCUUGGGCUCGGGCGGCAGCAGCAGCAGCAGCCGGCACCUCGCCGCGUCCGCCUCGGCCGGCAACUUUUUCCGAGCAGCUGUGCAACAGCUGCAGCACCUGUCGCCUCUGCCGGAGCGCUCGCUAGAGGGCCCCGCCGAGCCCUGGGAGGGCGAAGGGGGCGAAGCCGACGGCGCCCACCUGGAAGAGCCGCCGCGGGGGAAGCGCUCCGAAGAGCCGCCCAUCUCCCUGGACCUCACUUUCCACCUCCUCCGGGAAGUCUUGGAGAUGGCCCGGGCGGAGCAGCUGGCGCAGCAAGCCCACAGCAACAGGAAACUGAUGGAAAUCAUCGGGAAGUGAAGCGCGCCCGCCCCGCCGCCCUCCCCGACCAAAGAGACCCUCCGACCAGCUCCCCGGCCCCACAGCAGCCGUCCCGACCCGUCCUUUUUAUCCCCCCCCCCCCCGCUUUCUCGGUAGAGCGGCGCGGUGCGCCCGCCGCCCCAGCCCGGCCGUCGCCCUCCCCUCGCAUGCCCCGCGCCGCCCUCCCCUCCCCGCCGCGCCUCCCGUAGUUUGUCGCGCCCCGUCGUCCCGUCCCUUCCUUUGCCUCCCCGGGCCAAGGCGGGGGGCGUCUCGGGCGGUGGGGGGGGGCUCCGGCGGGUCAGCCGCUGGCAGCGGGUUAAAGAGAGAGGGGGAGGGGGGUCCCGCCUGGCGGGGUGGGGCGCGGUGGGGCGAGGCGAGGCGGGGGAGCCGGCCGGGGCCUCUCUGUGUUCGCGACUUGGCGUCUCCUCUUCUGCCUUCUUUCUUCUUUGUAAACAUUUCCCCAAAUAAAACAUCUUUUCAGCGCUCGGUCAGUUGGGGUGUGGAAGAGAAUGUUUAAUAUUUAUAUUUUUAAUAAAAGCUG